UACCGACUGAACGGAGGCGUAUGCGCGGACGCUUGCUCCCGUGCAUUAAAUGUAAUUCGUGUAUUUUUAACUGUAUGUGCUCUAAAGGACCUGUUAGAAUUUGUGUGCGUACAUAUACAAUUUGAGGAAGAACUGCACCUACAAGAGAGAAAACUCACGAAGCCGAUGCUAGAGGGACUGGGCAUCCGGCAUUUGCAAACCCUUAUGCUAAGCACUGGCAUGAUAAUUUCCUUCUGCAUGAGGGUUAACAUGAGCAUGGCUAUUGUAGAUAUGACGGAUCUCAGUAAAGAAGGGAGCUACGAUUGGUCCUCUAGAAUAAAAACCAUGAUUUUAUCCUCCUUCUUCUGGGGGUAUGUGAUACUGCAGAUCCCGAGUGGAGAGUUGGCGAAGAGGUUUGGUGGGAAAAGACUGAUCCUUAUAUCAGUAACAAUUAACUCUAUCGUGUCAGCAUUGUUGCCAAAAGCACCCAGUAUAGGUGGCUGGCAGCUUGUAUGCGCCUGUCGUAUGCUGCAAGGGCUCACCCAAGCCUUCACGUACCCUUGCAUGCAUCAUCUUAUUAGUCAGUGGAUCCCAAUUGAGGAGAAAGGAUUACUGGGCACCAUCAUUUAUUCAGGUGGGCAACUAGGCAUCGCUCUGCAGCUGAUAGCAUCAGGGUUUAUUGCAACAGCGUGGGGCUGGCAAGCAAUAUUCUACGUGAACGCCACCAUCGCCGCUAUAUGGGCCUUGGCGUACUUGUUUUUAGGUUCAGAUUCCCCUGAAACAUCCAAGAUCAUAUCGCAGGAGGAAGUACUGUAUAUACAGAGGUCGUUGGGAAGAGUCGGCCAGCAGGAGAGAUUUCCAACACCUUGGCUGAAAAUCAUUACCUCGUUACCGUUCUGGGCCGUGAUAGUUGCCCACUGUGGGCAAAAUUGGGGAUUUUUCACUCUCAUGACGGAAAUGCCCACCUACAUGAGUAAAGUACUGCAAUUCGAUUUGAAAAGCAAUGGCGUAUUGUCAUCAUUACCUUACAUUGCGAUGACUCUACUGAGUUUCCCCUGCGGUUCUGUAGCUGACCUGCUUAUAAGGAGGAAAUGGAUGACUCUUGUCAAUACAAGGAGACUCUUCAACACAAUAGGCUUUUGGGGCCCAGCGUUAGCGCUCGUCGGUCUAUCGUUCGCUCCGCGCGACAACGUGGUGAUUCCAGUGGUAAUGCUUAUAAUAUCUGUUGGCAUCAACGCUGGACACUUCACUGGAUAUUUGUUGGCACACACAGAUUUGGCGCCAAACUUCAGUGCAAAUUUAAUGUCAAUAACAAACUUCCUGGCCAACAUAAUAUCUAUCAUCGCGCCCCUUGUUUGCGGAGUCAUUGUUAAUGAUGAGACCGAUCCAACGGAAUGGCGGAAAGCCUUCUUCGUCGCUGUCGGUGUUUACUUCUUCUCCAAUUUGUUCUUCAUUCGAUACAUCACGUCGGACAAACAGCCCUGGAAUGAACCGAAACCAAAUCGUUCGUUCGUUUGUUGAACCUGUGAGAAGAAGCAUUGGUAGCGGAAUUCAAAUCCAAUGAAUAUUGUGACGUAAAUAAAUUUAAUUAUUUUUAAAUAACAAUAAAUAUUUUUUAUAAAUUAAAAUACAUAUUUAUAUAAAA